AUGGUCAUGCCCUCCGGUACCCAAGUCCACGCGGACGCGUGGUGGAUGAACAGCUACCAGCGGGGCGAAGACACCGUCACCGAGUAUCUGGUCACCAUGUGGCGGCCCAUGGGCAACCUGCCUGACUGGGAAAUUGAGUACAAUCAGAUGCGCAGCCGAUGGGAGGCGACAACGAUCUCUGAUGGCGACCCCACCGACAUCUUCGUGUGGCCCAUCUCGGCCUCCUUUUUCGAGGCGGACCCCGGGCCAGGGAUCCUCCGAUGGUUGGCGUUGCUGGCGGCGUCGCUCUUGACCAUCAAAGAUGGCGCGGGCGCCUUCUCCCUGGUUCCUCGGCUAUGGUCAACCGUGGCCUGGCAGGAGGCCUUGUUGUUGGCCUUGUUCUUUGAGGAGAUCGGCAAAAGAGCAGGAAAAUCCACACUCGGGAGGUCCAUUUCCGGCCCCGUGUUGGAAGACGUAGUUGUCGCGGCUCCGGCGGUGGACGCUUGGGAGCUAUUGGCUUUAUGGGGCCGGGCUGGUGACUGUGUCGAAAACUUCCUCAUAAAGCUGAUCGACGCGUCAACCGGCGAGAAGAAGCUGAAGCUGUCUCAGCGUCUGCAGGACAUCAAGCUGGCUGCCUUGGUGUUCCCUUUCCGAUGUUCCUCCUAUGUGAUGGAGCAUCUCAUCAACUGGAAUGCAGACGACCUGGACAGCGAUCCUAUGUACAGGCUUCUUUUCCCGACGCUCCAAAUGCUGUCCCAGAAGCAUCAGCAACAGCUUCUGGACGCAAGGGCAUUGGAGGAUCCCUUUGCACUGGAGGAGGCCGUCAAAGCCAUCCGCAGUGAUCUGAACCCACAGCCGGCUGGGCAGCUGACGCUGAACCGUCCAAAGACCGAUGAGCUCAAGGGAAUCCAGCACAAGUAUGCGGAGACUUGCCUGCUCUUCCCUGCAGCUGGGCAGACUUGCCACGCCUACUGCACAUACUGCUUCAGAUGGGCGCAGUUCAUUGGCGACGACAGCGUUCAGCUGAAGCAGAAGGAUGCCGAAGCCUUCCUGAAAUAUCUCGGCGAGCACCCGGAGCUUACUGACGUUCUCAUCACGGGGGGCGAUCCCUUCAUCAUGCGAGUCAGUCUGCUAAAAACGUACUUGCACAAGUUCGCAGACCCGACAUUCCUGCCCCACAUUCAGAACCUGCGAUUUGGAACCCGUUUCACGACCGACCCGGAUGCAGCGGAGCUGCUGGACUUCAUACAGCAGCUGAUCGAAGUCGGGGGACGAUCUGUGGACAUCAUGGCCCACCUCAGCCACGACGUGGAGCUCAGCACACCGCACGCCGAAAAGUCUGUGCGGGUGCUGCAGGCCGCAGGUGCAACGAUCCGAUCGCAGUCGCCCAUUAUGAAGGGUAUCAAUGACGAUGCCGAUGUCUGGGCCAAAAAGUGGAAGCUCGGCCGCAUGAAGAGGGAGGUGCAGCUUGGCAUCAUCCCGUACUACAUGCCCCUCGGCCCUGAGAGCUCCUUCCUUGUCAAUCGUCAGUUCCUCGCAAGGGACACUGGGGCCCAAGACUAUUUCAGCAUACCGCUGGCUCGAGCGCAUCAGAUCUAUGCCGAUGCCAUCCGGCAGUCCUCGGGCUUGGCCAGAACCGCCCGCGGCCCGUCCAUGUCCUGCACGCCCGGCAAGGUGGAGAUCACGGGUGUGGAGAUGGUGAACGGCCAGAAAGCCUUCGUUAUGCGAUUCCUGCAGUGCCGGGACCCAGCCUGGAUCGGAAGGGUCUUCUUCGCCAAGUAUAGUGAGACCGCCAUCUGGUUCGACGAGCUCCCUGCCAGCUUUACACUCGCCGCAGUGGUUUUUCUAGUUGAGGUGUGUUGA